AUGUCCACUGCUUCCAAACCAGUGGAUGGAUGCAUUGAUUGGUCAGUGGAUCUCAAGACAUACAUGGCUUUGGCAGGCGAACCAGUCCGAGUGAAAUGUGCCCUUUUCUACAGUUAUAUUCGCACCAACUAUAGCAUGGCCCAGAGCACUGGGCUCAGGCUUAUGUGGUAUAAAAACAAAGGUGAUUUGGAAGAGCCCAUCAUCUUUUCAGAGGUCAGGAUGAGCAAAGAUGAAGAUUCAAUAUGGUUUCACUCAGCUGAGGCACAAGACAGUGGAUUCUACACUUGUGUUUUAAGAAACUCAACAUAUUGCAUGAAAGUGUCAAUGUCCUUGACUGUUGCAGAGAAUGAAUCAGGCCUGUGCUACAAUAGCAGGAUCCGCUACUUAGAAAAAUCUGAAGUCACUAAAAGAAAAGAGAUCUCCUGCCCAGACAUGGAUGACUUUAAAAAAUCUGAUCAGGAGCCUGAUGUUGUAUGGUAUAAGGAAUGCAAGCCAAAAAUGUGGAGAAGCAUAAUAAUACAGAAAGGAAAUGCUCUUCUAAUCCAGGAAGUUCAAGAAGAAGAUGGAGGAAAUUACACUUGUGAACUUAAAUAUGAAGGAAAACUUGUAAGACGAACAACUGAAUUGAAAGUUACAGCUUUACUCACAGACAAGCCUCCGAAGCCAUUAUUCCCUAUGGAGAAUCAGCCAAGUGUUAUAGAUGUACAGCUGGGUAAGCCGCUGAAUAUCCCUUGCAAAGCAUUCUUUGGAUUUAGUGGAGAGUCUGGACCAAUGAUCUACUGGAUGAAAGGGGAGAAGUUUAUUGAAGAACUGGCAGGUCACAUUAGAGAAGGUGAAAUAAGGCUACUCAAAGAGCAUCUUGGAGAAAAAGAAGUUGAGUUGGCACUUAUCUUUGAUUCAGUGGUGGAGGCUGACCUGGCAAAUUAUACCUGCCAUGUGGAAAACCGAAAUGGAAGGAAACAUGCCAGCGUUCUGCUGCGUAAAAAGGAUUUAAUUUACAAAAUUGAGCUUGCAGGAGGUGUAGGAGCAAUCCUCCUCCUCUUUGUACUGUUCGUGAUCAUCUACAAAUGCUACAAUAUUGAACUGAUGCUCUUCUACAGACAGCAUUUUGGAGAUGAUGAAACUACUGAUGACAACAAGGAAUAUGAUGCCUAUCUCUCUUACACAAAAGUGGAUCAAGAUACUUUAGACUGUGACAAUCCUGAAGAAGAGCAGUUUGCUCUUGAAAUACUGCCAGAUGUCCUAGAAAAACAUUAUGGAUAUAAACUAUUCAUCCCAGAAAGAGACCUGAUUCCAAGUGGAACUUACAUUGAAGAUCUCACAAGAUGUGUUGAGCAAAGCAGAAGACUUAUUAUCAUGCUAACAUCAAACUAUAUUCUCAGACGAGGAUGGAGUAUUUUUGAAUUGGAAAGCAGACUCCAUAACAUGCUAGUCAGUGGGGAAAUCAAAGUGAUCUUGAUUGAGUGUACAGAAUUAAAAGGGAAGGUGAAUUGCCAGGAAGUCGAAUCACUAAAGCACAGCAUCAAACUUCUGUCACUUAUCAAGUGGAAGGGACCCAAAAGCAGCAAAUUAAAUUCUAAGUUUUGGAAGCAUUUAGUAUAUGAAAUGCCCAUCAGGAAAAAGGAAGUACUUUCUCGAUGCCAGAUUCUGGACUCUGCAGAACAAGGACUUUUUGGAGAACUCCAACCUAUACCCUCUAUUGCCAUGACCAGUACCUCAGCCUCUCUGGUAUCAUCUCAAGCUGAUCUCCCUGAAUUCCACCAUUCAGAUUCAAUGCAAAUGAGGCACUGUUGCAGAAGUUAUAAACACGAGAUGCCAACCACCACCUUGUCUGUACCUUCCUUAAGCAACCACCACACUUACUGUAACCUGCCUCUGAAGCUACUCAAUGGACAACUACCCCUUAAUAAUCCCCUGAAAGAUACCCAGGAAUUUCAUAGAAACAGUUCCAUGCUACCUCUAUCAUCCAAAGAGCUUAGCUUCACCAGUGAUAUUUGGUAG